AUGGUGAACAGUAGCUGGAUUGGUAGUUCUGGUAAGAUGGGUAUGGGGGUCAAAAUGGGGAUUGGGGCGUUACUUGUUUGUCUUGGCGCGGUACCUACCCUUCCCUGGUUUGAUUCUGACCCUGCGCUGGAAUCGGCCGCUCUCAAACCAGCUGCAGCAGUAUGUACUCUACUAAUGCGCAUAUUUCUGACAAAGCAUGACCUAGAAAAUUGGAUGCAGUGCAUUCGAGCCCAGCCUGCAAUCUCAUCAAACAUAUUACAUAUCAUUAGCAUAUGCUCUGCCGAAGGUCUCCUACUUCUACGCACUUGGGCGCUUUGGAAUUGCAGUCGACGAUUCGCCACUUUGAUGGGAGUACUUUCAUUGGCCUUUGCCGGUGCAGCUAUGGCUCUGGUAUAUCAACUUGAAAUCAACACGAAUGGAGUUGUCGGAAAUGUGGGCCCCGAGAAAAACUUAUGGCCCGGAACUUGCAAUUUCACGGCAAAUAAGACAGAAGCAAUAGCAUUUGGCUUCCUUGUAGCGUAUGAAAUGAUUUUGUUAUCUCUUAUCUCUUACCAGUGGAUCCGUCACUACCGAUCAACGAAGUCAACACUCGCCUACCUUCUGUACAGGGAUGCACUCCUUUAUGUGUGCACAUCUACGUUGGUUUCUACUGCAAACAUUGUUAACAUUGCUAGUGGACCGCAAUACUAUAAUGAAUAUAUUGAUAGAAACUCGGGGUUGCGAGAUAGUAUGGACGUCAAACAGAAAAUGCUCCAAGCAGGGAGGAAGCGGGAACAAGAGGUGUACAUACGAUUCAUGAAAGACCGCGCCAUCCAGGUCCUCGCGUGGCUACCUGGAGGCGUGAAGACCACGUUUCCCAGGCUGAGGUGUAUCGCUUCCGAACAUAAGGAUACUCUGCGAGAAAUUACCAUCGAAUAUGAGCCUGAAGGAGGGUUGUCAGAUGACGUCAAGGAUGAUUCUGCGGAUGAGCAGAUGGGGAAUGAGACUGCUGAUUACUGUCUCGAAUCGCAUGUUACACCAGAGCUCGUCGAUGGCAGGCUUUCUAAACAUCCUGUAGGCCCGUGCGAUGUACCAUUGACAUUAUCAAGUUUCAACCUCCGUUUCACUGACAUUAUCAACGACGAUGAGAAGAAUCUCGGGUAG